AACGCAGAAUCGAUGAUUCAUAUUUAAACACGUGAUUGAGCCCCAACCGAGUUGGAUGAGUUGAAUCGUCGGAAAUGGGAGCGAGUCGGAAACUUCAGGGCGAAAUUGAUCGUGUUCUUAAGAAGGUUCAGGAAGGCGUCGAUGUCUUCGAUAGCAUCUGGAACAAGGUUUACGACACGGACAAUGCGAACCAGAAGGAGAAGUUCGAGGCAGACCUGAAGAAGGAGAUUAAGAAGCUGCAGAGGUAUAGGGACCAGAUUAAGACUUGGAUUCAGUCCAGUGAGAUCAAAGACAAGAAGUCCGCUGAAUUCAAAGACAAGAAGGUUAGUGCCUCGUAUGAGCAGGCUCUAGUGGAUGCCCGCAAACUUAUUGAGCGUGAAAUGGAAAGAUUCAAGAUUUGUGAGAAGGAGACAAAGACAAAAGCAUUCUCCAAAGAAGGCUUGGGGCAACAGCCUAAAACUGAUCCUAGAGAGAAGGCUAAAUCAGAGACAAGGGAUUGGUUGAACAAUGUGGUUGGGGAGUUAGAAUCUCAGAUUGAUAGCUUUGAAGCUGAACUUGAAGGACUUUCUGUAAAGAAAGGAAAGAACAGGCCACCCAGAUUGACACAUCUAGAGACAUCAAUUACUCGACACAAGGCUCAUAUAAAGAAAUGUGAAUUUAUCUUGAGGCUACUAGAUAAUGAUGAACUAAGUCCAGAACAGGUUAAUGAUGUAAAAGAUUUCCUGGAUGACUAUGUAGAGCGUAAUCAGGAGGACUUCGAAGAAUUUAGUGAUGUUGAUGACCUAUAUAGUUCAUUACCCUUAGACAAGGUGGAGUCACUUGAAGAUAUCGUUACAAUUCCCCCUGGUCCUGCUAAGGUUGCACCUGUUCUUAGCUUGAAGCCUUCUGUGGCAGCAUCAGCUUCAGCAUCACAAACAUCUGAGCAAGCUGAUGAUACUGCAUCCCAGGAUAGCAAUUCUGAUAUUGGUGCAAGAACUCCACCUCCUAAAAGUAGUGUAGUUAGUCCUACUACUACAACACCAACAGGGAAUCCUGCUUCUCCUGUUUCUAUGAAUGUUCCAGUGCCUAACUUGUCGAGUGCACCAGCUAUUGUAACAGUCAUGCCUGGUUCAAAUUCUGUUCGGAGCUCCUUGGAGAUUAACAGUGUUGUCAGUGCUUCAUCUUUUGUAAAUCAUUCUAGCACUGUGAAGGAGGAAGAUAUUAGUUUCCCUGGCCAAAGACCAUCUCCAUCGCUUUCUGAUGUUGCACUUGUAAGGAACAUCAGCAGAAACAGCCUAUCAAAUCAAGCAACAAAUAACAUACCACUUGUUUCUGGCAAUAUGGUUUCCAGCAAUGGGCCGGUUGGUUCAAUCCCUUCAGCAUCUGAAAUAACCAAGAGAAACAUAUUGGUAGCUGACGAUCGACUUGGAAGCAAUGGGAUGGUGCAGCCUCUUGUAUCCCCCUUAAGUAACAGAAUCGUGCCUCAGGUUGCAAGGGCUAAUGAUGGAACUUCUUCAGUUGACUCUAGUAAUGUCAACGAAGCUGCAACUGUCUCUGGGAGAGUUUUCUCCCCUUCUGCUGUUCCUGGCAUGCAAUGGAGACCUGGAAGCCCCUUCCAGAACCAGAAUGAUGGGCAGAUUCGUGCAAGACCUGAAAUAGUUCCUGAUCAAAGGGAAAGAUAUUUGCAGAAGUAUCAACAAGUGCAGCAACAAGUGCAGCAGCAAGGUCAAGGUUCCCUUCUUAAUAUGCCAACUUUUGCAGGAGGGAAUCAUAAGCAGUUUUCUGCUCAGCAACAAAAUCCUCUCUUACAGCAGUUCAACGCUCAAGGCUCUUCUGUUACUUCUCAAUCUAGUGUGGGACUUGGAGUCCAGUCACCAGGUCUUAGUGGCAUUGCUUCCACCUCAUUACCACAGCCACCCAAUUCUGUCCAUUCCCCAUCUAGCCAACAAUCAUUGCUGUCAGCUGUUUCUAAAGAUUCAGUUUUUUUUUAUUCUGCAGAUCUUGGCAAUUCUAAGGUUGAAGAGCCGCAACAUAUUUUUCCUGAUGAUUCGGGGACUGAAUCUACUACUAGUACUGGGAUUGGCAAGAAUUUCAUGAAUGAAGAUGAGUUGAAAUCCACAUAUGCUGUUGACUCUCCUGUAGGAGUACCUGCUUCUAUUCCAGAGCCUGCUCAGACUUCUAGAGAUAUUGAUUUGUCUCCUGGCCAACCUUUACAAUCAAAUCAGCGUACUGCUAACCUUGGUGUUAUAGGAAGAAGUUCUAUUGAUCUUGGAACUGGUGACAACUUUAGUGCAUCAAUCGCUAAUUCUGGUGGAGUUCGUGAUCAGUUAUAUAAUUUGCAGAUGCUUGAGGCAUCUCACCUCAAACUUCCGCAACCUAAGGACUCAGAACGUCCUAGGACCUAUACUCCUAAACACCCUACGAUAACACCACCUAGUUAUCCUCAAGUACAGGCACCUAUUGUUAAUAAUCCUGCCUUUUGGGAGAGAGUAGGUCUCGAACCAUAUGGAACUGAUACCCUGUUCUUUGCAUUUUACUAUCAACAGAACACUUACCAACAAUAUAUGGCUGCAAAAGAGCUUAAGAAGCAGUCAUGGAGAUAUCACCGGAAAUAUAACACAUGGUUUCAACGGCAUGAAGAGCCAAAAGUUGCAACAGAUGAAUACGAGCAGGGAACAUAUGUGUACUUUGAUUUCCAUAUUGCAAAUGAUGAUCUGCAGCAUGGGUGGUGUCAAAGAAUCAAAACUGACUUCACUUUUGAAUAUAACUAUCUCGAAGAUGAGCCUAUUGUCUAGAUUUGUAGAAGAUGCUCUCUGGUAAAUAUGUGACCUUCUCUUCUUGGUUCUUGUUUGUGUUUGUUUAGUUUUCACAAUCAUUUUAUUGUAGUACAUCGAUUAACUACUUUUACCUUCCAAAGAGGAAAAAUGUCUUGUGUAAAGAGAACAGCACAAAUAUGUUGAAUAAGUUUCCAUGUGCAGUCUUUCUUUUUCCGCUAA